AUGGGAAUCUUUUUCGAAGCUAUAAGGGAUCUGCAUUCUGGCUAUCUGGCUACUCAAUCUAUAGAUUACCAUCAAGCUCUGUGGUCGGCCGAUAAUAAUCGGAUUCUUAGCGCGCCAGUCAAGAGGCCGCUUAGGAUUCUCGACAUUGGCACAGGAUCUGGAGUCAUGGCGGGGGAAAAUGCCCAGCGCUUCCCAGAUGCACAUGUGAUAGGAAUGGACGUGUUGAGCGAGCAGCAAGCCGGAUUACCGCAUAACGGCGAGUUCCGAAUCGGCAAUAUCGAAGAGACGCCCUGGGAGUUUGCAAACGAGACAUUCGAUUAUAUUUACGCCGGAAAUCUGGCCGGAUACAUUAGGAACGACAAAUGGGAUCUAAUUUACGCUGAGGCGCUACGCUGCUUGAAACCUGCAGGGUAUCUGGCGCAUAGUGAGGUUGACAUCUUGUCUACAGAGCCACCGUGGGACCGCUACCAGAAGACAUGUCUUAUCGGCUGUUUCUGGGGAGGCCGGUCAGUCGCACUCAUGAAACAACUGCGUAUGCGAUUUAUUUUCGCUGGGGUUGACAACAUCAAGGAACGAGAGCUCAAGCUAUCAGGUAGCGAUGUUCAGGCAGACGUCGCCAAUCGAGUCGCGUGUCUCCAGUCUAUAUUCUCGCAGCCUCAAUUGUUGCUGGAACUCGACCUAAUUCCAAAGUUCCAUGAAUUAUUCGAUUCAUGCUUCGCGCUGCGGGAAAAAAGACUUCGCCCGACGCACUAUUAUCUACGGGCAGAAGCCGUUAAAGGCACAUUCAGAUCCGAGAGGAGUAUCGGCAGAUAG